AAUCAAUUGGCCAAAUAUUGAUGCUUGCGCACCGGACCAGGUCUACAUAGACAGGAGCUGCAAUCCCACAGACGUGGUUAACUCGCAUCUGCACCGCUCGGACCAACCUGCCGCUGGAGACCGCUCAAGUCGCCCACCUCCCCGUCCAUCAGCUCCAGCCAGUACCAAAUAUAGCUCCUCGACCUCUGCUAUUCCCUGCAUUAUCUAAAACAAGCGAACCCAUACAUCAUGGCUCGCGCUGAGGAUACCGAAGAUCAUCAUGGCUCUAUCUUCUCUGUGUCAGGUCCCGUUGUGGUGGCCGAAGACAUGAUCGGCUGCGCCAUGUACGAACUGUGCCGAGUUGGACAUGACCAGCUCGUUGGUGAGGUUAUUAGGAUCGAGGGAGAUAAGGCCACCAUCCAGGUCUACGAAGAGACAGCUGGUUUGAGGGUCGGUGACCCCGUCACCAGAACUGGCAAGCCUCUCUCCGUUGAGCUUGGCCCCGGUCUGAUGGAAACGAUCUAUGACGGUAUCCAACGACCCCUCAAGGCGAUUUCCGACUUAUCAAAAAGCAUCUAUAUCCCCCGUGGCAUUUCCGUGAACUCGCUAGACCGCACAAAGAAAUGGGAGUACAAACCCGCAGGUUUCAAAGUGGGUGACCAUAUCACCGGUGGUGACAUUUGGGGUACGGUCUUCGAGAACAGCUUGGUGAACGAUCACAAGAUCCUGCUUCCGCCUCGCGCGAAGGGCACCAUCACACGGAUAGCGCCAGCUGGAAGCUAUACAGUUGACGAGAAACUGCUGGAGGUUGAAUUUGACGGGAAGAAGACUGAAUAUGGUAUGAUGCAUACCUGGCCUGUCCGUGUUCCCAGACCAGUUUCUGAGAAGCAAUCGUCCUCUGCGCCUUUCAUUGUUGGACAGAGAGUGCUGGAUUCUCUCUUCCCUAGUGUGCAGGGUGGUACUGUCUGCAUUCCGGGGGCUUUCGGAUGCGGCAAAACGGUUAUCUCCCAGAGUGUGUCCAAGUUCUCCAACAGCGAUAUUAUUAUCUACGUGGGUUGCGGUGAGCGUGGUAAUGAGAUGGCUGAAGUUUUGAUGGACUUCCCUGAGCUUUCUAUCACAGUUGAGGGUCGCAAGGAGCCCAUUAUGAAACGUACCUGCCUAAUCGCGAAUACGUCGAACAUGCCCGUCGCCGCCCGUGAGGCAUCCAUCUACACCGGUAUCACCAUCGCUGAGUACUUCCGUGACCAGGGCAAGAACGUGGCGAUGAUGGCAGAUUCCAGCUCCCGAUGGGCUGAGGCUCUUCGUGAAAUUUCCGGUCGUCUGGGAGAGAUGCCUGCCGAUCAAGGUUUCCCAGCCUAUCUUGGUGCCAAGCUUGCUUCCUUCUACGAGCGUGCUGGAAAGUCCACCGCGCUUGGUAGCCCCGAGCGGGAUGGCAGUGUGAGUAUUGUCGGUGCUGUCAGCCCGCCUGGUGGCGAUUUCUCCGAUCCUGUCACCAGCAGUACCCUUGGUAUUGUCCAGGUGUUCUGGGGUCUUGAUAAGAAGCUGGCUCAACGGAAGCAUUUCCCUUCCAUCAACACAUCGAUCUCCUAUAGUAAAUACACGACGGUUCUGGACAAAUACUACGAGAAAGAACACCCUGAGUUCCCGCGCCUAAGGGAUCAGAUCAAGGAACUGUUGACCAAGUCGGAAGAUCUCGACCAGGUCGUCCAGCUGGUUGGCAAGGCCGCGCUGGGUGACUCAGACAAGAUUACUCUGGAUGUGGCCGGGCUGGUCAAGGAUGAUUUCCUGCAGCAGAACGGUUACAGCGACUACGAUCAAUACUGCCCCCUUUGGAAGACGGAGUACAUGAUGAAGGCCUUUAUGGGCUAUCAUGAUGAAGCUCAGAGGGCUAUUGCCCAGGGACAGAGCUGGACUAAGGUUCGCGAGGCAACUGCAGACAUCCAGACGGCCUUGAGAAGCAUGAAAUUCGAGGUUCCCGACGAUGAGAAGGCAGUAUCUGAGAAGUAUGAGAAGAUCCUGCAAACCAUGUCCGAGAGGUUUGCCUCUGUGUCGGAAGAGUAGAGUGUAUGGGAUAGGCAGGUAUAAUCGACGGGCCUGUAAGCAUAGCAGAUUGUGAUUUGUUAGCCAUAUCAGGUUGAUUCUUAGCUUUUUCUAUGUUAUUCGAAUAAAUCCACAGCCAUGAUAGAGAAAUAGAAGCGUUGGGUUACUCAGAAAGGCGCAUGGGCGAGGUCAGGCAGCAGCUAUAGCCGGGAACAGCACAUGACGCGGCCACCGCCGGACCCU